AUGCCAGAGUUAAAGUAUUGCGUGGAAGUAAUUGAAGCAUACAAGUUUUAUAACAGGAAGGCUGCAUUGAAUAAGUUUUCAAUGAAAGUUGAAGAAGGAACUGUAUACGCCUUACUUGGUCCAAGCGGCUGUGGCAAAACGACACUCUUGGGUGCUUUAGUGGAUAGGGUCCAACUUGAUUCUGGCUUAAUUAAAAUGGCAACCAAAUCCACCUCUGAGAUAGGCUACAUGCCCCAAGAGGUAGCACUUUACCCAGAAUUCAGCCUUAAAGAACACCUAAUGUACUAUGGACGAAUAUAUUCCAUGACAACUGUGGCAAUAUUAAGCAAAUCGGAAGAGUUGAGAGAGUUUCUGCAUCUGCCACCUUUGAACACUAUAAUAAAGAACAUGAGCGGAGGAGAGCAAAGGCGAGUAUCAUUAUGUAUCACUUUAUUACACAAUCCAAAACUGCUUAUUCUUGAUGAACCAACUGUAGGGGUGGAUGUAGUAUUAGCGAAUAAUAUUUGGCAAAACCUCCUCUAUAUGUCACGAAAUGAAGGUAAAACAAUAAUUUUAACAACACAUUAUAUUGAAGAAGCUCGAAGAUCCAACACUAUUGGGCUCAUGAGAAAUGGAAUCCUUUUAACCCAAGAUAGUCCUGGUACUCUGAUGGAAUUUCAUAACUGUGAUAAUUUGGAACACGUUUUCCUUAAAUUAUGUGAACAGAAUUUAGAAGGGUUUGAUAAUUAUGAUGAAAAUGCAGAGGUGAAAGGUCAUGAAAGAAAACCUGGUAAACAUCUUAAAAAGACAAAGAUUUUGAAUGUUCAUUGUGUGUCAGCUCAUAUAUUGAAAAAUUUAUAUUGGAUGAGAAGAAAUAUACCGCAUAUGUUGUUUACGUUCGCUCUUCCUGUAAUACAAUGUGUAUUGGUCAGUAUGACUGUAGGAGAAACUCCAUCGAAACUUUCACUUGCAACAGUGACUUCUGAACUACCAAAAGGAAUAUAUGAAUGUUCUGAAUCCAUUUGGACUAAACCUUUAUCUUGUGAUUUGAAUGACGUACCAUUCUCAUGUUACAUAAUUAAAAAAAUUAUGGAUGCAAGUAUUUCCAUUACACAAUAUGCUUCUCUUGAAGAAGCAAAAAGAUCUGUUAAAAAAAACUAUCAAUGGGGGGUACUGUAUUUUAAUAAAGAUUACACAGCCUCACUUAAAGAAAGAUUUAGUCUAGAUUUAAAAAAUGAUACAAUAAUGGAAAACAGUGAAAUUAAAAUUUGGAUGGAUAACUCAGAUACAGUAAUUAGUGGUAUUUUAAAAACAACAAUAAUCAAGAGUUUAUUUGACUUUAUUGGUGAGCUAAGCGAUAAGUGUUCAUGGCAAACAAAAGGGGCUGCUCUUCCUAUAGGUUAUGAGGAACCAGUUUAUGGGAGCUAUGAAACUACAUACAGACAAUCAAUGACUCCUGCAAAUGCAAUAUUGUUUAUGUUUUACUUCCCUAUCUUAUUCACUGCAGGUGCACUGAUAACUGAAAAAUCAUCUGGUCUUUUGAGCAGAGGACUUGUUGCAGGUCUGAGCUGGCUUGAUAUAGCCAUUGGCCAUAUGGUGUUACAGUAUAUAAUACUUAUCGUACAGCUAAUAUUUGUAUGGAUAAUCUUUUACUAUUUAUUUAGCAACAUUAUGAUUGGUGAUAUAUAUUUAUGUUUAUUACUUUUGUUUCUUGUCGGGACCUGUGGCAUGUUUCAUGGUUUUACUAUUGUGGCAAUGUGUGAUGAUUUCACUUCAGCUUCCUGCUUGGCAUUCGGAAGAUAUUUUCCAAUAUUUUUGAUGAGCGGUGCGGUCUGGCCAGUUGAAGGAAUGCACUAUGUGUUAAAAAUCAUAUCAAUAUAUUCACCUUUGACGAAGGCAGUCGAAGCAUUUCGCGCUGUGUCUGUUAGGGGCUGGACCCAGUAUCACCCAACAGUGUAUUCAGGGAUGAUAACUGUGGUUGUAUGGACUGUAAUAUAUGGAUUCAUAACAAUUUUGUUUAUCAAAUUCAAGGGCAUAAAAUUGUAA